ACUCAGUUUCAGACUCGGUCUUGGUCCUCACUCUCUCUCUCUCUAAACCGCGUAAAUUCCCUUCCCUCCUCGCCUCCCAACUCCUUAAAACUCCCCCCAAAAACAAACCUUUGUUAAUAUAAUAAAGAAUCUUCAUUUCUCUCUCUCUCUCAUCGUUCACCACCACCACCAUGAGAAAACCUUCUUGCAGCCCUUUCCAAUGGCCAUGAACGUUCCCCUUCUCUGCCUCCUCCUCAUCUCCCUCCUCCCCUUCUCCCAUUCCCUCUCUCCCUUCGCCAUAUCCGAAACCAAUGACCAAACUCUAAUCUGCGCGCUCGUCAAAUCCCAAGACUCAUCCUUUGCCCUCAGCUGCACCCUUUUCCCCCAAAGAGCUCAAAUCAACCUCACCCCCGCGCCGCCGUCGCUCUCCGCCAUCGCCGCCGGAGACGGCUUCCUCUGCGCCCUCAGCUCCUCCCACUCCACCAACAGAUCACUCAUCUUCUGCUGGAGAUUCUCGGACGCUACCAAUCCCGGGAAUCGCAAGCGAGUUUACAACGGCUCGGUUUUAACCGAUUUGAGCUCCGCAAACUCCCGCUUUUGCGGCGUCCGCGGCCGCGACUCCGCCGUGGAGUGCUGGCCGAUAGGCAGCGCUGCCGGCGACGGAGGAGCCUUUGCUUCGAGUCUCGCGGUGGGGGAGGAUUUCAUGUGUGGCUUGUCGGCAUCCGGCGAGGUCGCGUGUUCCGGUAGUGAUCGCAAUGUGGCCGAUGAUGUGCCUGUCGGCCGUUUCAAUGUGGUCGCUGCCGGAUUCCACCGCGCCUGCGGAGUUAGGGAGAAUGGGAGCUUGGAAUGUUGGGGUGGAAAUUUGGCGGGAGAGGCACCUGAGGGCGAAUUCAAAUCGGUGGCGGUCGGGGAGGAUCGUGUCUGCGCGAUAAGGACAGAUGAAAGGGUUGUUUGUUGGGGGGAGGAGGGCUUUAGUUUGCCUCCAUCUUUGAGGAAUGUGUCGUUUGUGUCCAUUCAAGGCAAGAGAAAGAGAUUUUGUGGUGUUGACAACUCUAACUAUAGUUUGUUGUGUUGGGGUGAUGAGGUCUUGGAUUCGGAUUCAUUUGUGUUUGAUGGUGUUGUGCCAUUGCCUUGUAGGCCUAGGGAGGAGUGUGGUUGUGAUUGUUGGCCCAAUUAUGGCGAGUAUUGCGGCGAUCGAGGGCUGGUCAUGUGUCAGCCUUGUGGUCCACUGUUGCCGCCGUUGCUGCCGCCAUCUAGUGGUGGCAAGAAGUGGAAUAGUAAAAUGGUGGCUUUUAUGGUGGUUGGGUGUUUCGGGACUUUGUCAUCAUUGGUGGUCUUGUGUGUGUUUUUAUUUUCGAGGUAUAUCAAGAUUAGGGGCAGCCGGAUUCACGACUCUGGCCGCCUGGAAGAAGGCGAGGGCGAGGGCACGGCCGACCCACCUCUGUCGGGCCCGCGUCCAGCUUUGGAGAAGAAGCUUAGCCACUUGAUUAGCAUGGGGAAUGGAGGCCAUUUGGAGGAGUUCUCUUUUCAAGUGUUGCUCAUGGCAACUGAUAAUUUCUCUGAGGAGCUUAGGAUCGGCAGCGGUAGCUUCGGAUCGGUCUAUCGUGCCACAUUGGAGGAUGGCCGCCAAGUGGCGGUCAAGAGAGCCGAGUCCUCGACCUCUUCCUCCUAUGCAAUAGCCGGCAAGCGGGGACAAGAGGAUAGGGAUAUUGCGUUUGUGAAUGAGCUCGAAUUUUUGUCCCGCCUCAACCACAAGAACCUCGUGAGAUUGUUAGGAUAUUGUGAGGAAUCAAACGAGCUAGCGCUUGUCUACGAGUACGUGGACAACGGAACCCUAGCUGACCAUCUUCACAGACUCGAGAGUUCCCUACUCGUGUCGUGGCCCCGACGAAUCAAGGUGGCCCUUGACGCAGCCCGAGGGAUCGAGUACUUGCACGAGUACGCUGUGCCACGUAUCAUCCAUCGAGACAUCAAGCCAUCCAACAUAUUGCUUGAUGCCAUGGGGAACGCCAAGGUGUCCGACUUUGGCCUCUCAUUGUGGGGCCCAGAGGGCGACGAGUCCCACUUGUCCCUACGGGCCGCGGGGACCAUGGGGUACAUGGACCCCGAAUACUACAGGCUUCAACUUCUGACAACCAAAAGCGACGUCUACAGUUUUGGGGUCGUGUUAUUGGAGUUGAUCUCCGGUUGCAAGGCGAUCCACAAAAACGAGUUAGGUGAGCCCAGGAAUGUGGUGGACUAUGUGGUCCCUUACAUAAUCCAAGACGACAUCCAUAGAGUCUUGGACCGGAGGGUGGCACCUCCAACUCCAUUUGAGAUCGAGGCGGUGAUGUAUGUUGGGUACUUGGCCGCUGACUGCGUCAUGCCGGAGGGUAGUGAUAGGCCAACGAUGAGCGAAGUUGUAAAUAGCUUAGAACGAGCAUUGGAGGCUUGUUUGGCGCCACAAGUGUUGUCUAGAUCAACCAGUGUCUCAUCAGAGUAAUUUUUUUGUGAAAUAUUUUUUUUAUGUAAAUCUGAAUUUGAAUCAAAUUCAUACAAAAAUUGGUAUA